AUGGCUCUAAAGAAAUCCACUGCGAUGGCGGGUACCAAGCGUAAACUCAAUGAGAUUACUGCUGAACAAACUACCCAAGAGCAAGUCGAGGAACCAUCUCAGCAGGUUCAACCCUCGAUCUCUACCUCUACACCUCCACAAACAGACUUACCCAGCGACCUAAACCUAGAAAGCCCAUAUGAAAUCCUCAUACACUUCAUCGGCGAAGAGAUAUUUCAACGCAUUAGCCGGUCAACCAAUGAAUACGUCGCGCAGCAAGACCAAUCUUCAUCAUCUUACACUAGUCGUACGUGGAAGGACACCACUAUCGACGAUAUCAAAGUCUUCUUUGGUCUCCUGAUCUAUAUGAGUGUCCAUAUCGCACCAAGUCUUUCCUACUAUUUUAAUACAGAUUGGCAUCCUGGGCCUUUACAUCCCUCUCGACAUUACAUGGGCCAAAAGCACUUUGAGCAAAUUAAGCGUAAUCUCCGUAUCCCUCUGCCUCUGCCUGGUCAAGUGCAAAGGGGUAACCAGUCGUCAACCUUAUCCUUCGACGGCGCUGCUCCAGAUAACGACGAGCCAGGAGCAAGCUUUGCGAAGGCUCUGCUUGCGCGUGGCCCGUGGGAUAAAUCGCUUGAAGAGGAGCUUGACAGUCCUGAAGCUAUACACGACUUCAUUGGCCGUCAUUGUGCAGAACCUGGUCUUAUAAACCGGAAUCGAUCUGCCUUCAAGAUAUUCGGGAAUCCCCGCAAAUUCCCGGCCCCGCUUCCCUUUCCCUUCCUCGAAGAUGCGCUUAUGAAGGCAUGGCAAAUUCAACGCACCCACAAGAAGCAGCAAGGGGUUAAGGCUUCGAAGCUACCUACGACACUAGAUUUUCGGGAGGAUCUCUCCAGGGAAUUCUUUGCGUUUGCCGGGCGUCCUCAACCGCCGCCAAAAAACUAG